AACGCUUCCCUCUCUCAUUCAUUCAUUCAUGCAUUAACAUUUCCAUUUCCCGUUAAAACCCCACCACCCUCACCUCUCUUUCUUCUUCUUCUUCUUCUCUUUUCUCAUACUACCAAUUCACGUUGUUACUUGUUACCAUGGUUGUUCUGUCUCAGCCAGCAUUAGACCACUUUCUCCUCCUCCAACCAUGCAAGCCCACGCCCCUCUUCACGGGGAUUCCUGUGGUCGACCUCACCCACCCCGAUGCCAAGACCCUCAUAGUCAACGCUUGCAAAGACUACGGCUUCUUCAAGCUCGUCAACCACGGCGUUCCAUUCGACCUCAUGGCCAAUCUGGAACACGAGACCCUCAAAUUCUUCAAAAAACCUCAGUCCGACAAAGACAGAGCUGGCCCACCCGACCCUUUUGGCUACGGUAGCAAGAGGAUUGGCCCAAACGGCGAUGUCGGCUGGCUCGAAUACCUCCUUCUCAACACCAACCCCGACGUCAUCUCCCCCAGGUCCCUCUUCAUUUUCAAAGAAAACCCACAAAACUUCAGGGUGGCGGUGGAGGAGUAUAUAAGAGCGGUGAAGAACAUGUGCUACGUGGUGUUGGAAAUGAUGGCUGAGGGGUUGGGAUUGGGGGUGGCGCAGAGGAAUGUGCUGAGCAGGUUGCUGGAGGAUGAGAAGAGUGAUUCUUGUUUCAGGCUCAACCAUUACCCUCCAUGUCCUGAAGUGCAAGCAUUGAACGGAAGGAAUUUGGUUGGGUUUGGGGAGCACACAGACCCACAGAUAAUUUCUGUCUUGAGAUCUAACAGCACAUCAGGCCUGCAAAUCUGUCUCGCAGAUGGCACUUGGGUUUCAGUCCCACCUGAUCAGACCUCCUUUUUCAUCAAUGUUGGUGACACUCUGCAGGUAAUGACUAAUGGGAGGUUUAAAAGUGUAAAGCAUAGAGUCUUGGCUGACACAACCAAGUCAAGGUUGUCGAUGAUCUACUUUGGAGGACCACCCUUGAGUGAAAAGAUAGCACCUUUACCUUCUCUCAUGUUAAAAGGAGAGGAGAGUUUGUACAAAGAGUUCACAUGGUGGGAAUACAAGAAGGCUGCGUACACUUCAAGGCUAGCUGAUAAUAGGCUUGGCCCUUUUGAGAAACCUGCUGCUCAUUAACCGUGUCAAAAUUCUACUCAAUUUCACCACGUGCUAUUAGGGCCACUUUACUUUAGCUCUGCGUCUCUAGCUUCCCAACACUUGACUCUAGUCUACAUGACAUAUAUAGAAAAUGAAUAGGUUGUUUAUCUUGUUCUUCCUUUUAUCCUCCUCCUUUUUUCUGGUUUGAUUGAAAUGUAACCGUCACUACUACCCUUUCCACUGUCAAUGCAACCAAACUCUAGUUACACUUAUUGUGUUACACGUAUUAUAUAUAUAACCCUUUCUUUUUU